AUUUUCUUCUUAUUUCCAUUUUAUCCAGAAAAUAUCAUUAUCUCUCCCAUUUCGUUUUUUGAUUCCAACAAAAACGAUAUAGAGAAAUCGAGGAAGAAAGAGACAAUCUUUAUCUCAUUUGUUCCACAGCUGAAUAGGAGCUGUGUGUUGAAUAUGGAGAUUGAUAAGGCAAUCAGAGAAAGUGAUGACCGGAGGCUCAAGACUAAGUACAACAACGCCAUCUAUGUUAUUCAAAGAGCUUUGGCUCUCUACUCAACUGAAGAGGUUGCUUUCAGCUUCAAUGGAGGAAAGGAUUCAACUGUAUUGCUACACCUUCUUAGGGCUGGCUAUUUCUUGCAUAAAGGAGAACAAAGUUCUGCUAAUGGCGGCCUUACAGAUUUUCCAAUUCGGACAAUAUAUUUUGAGAGCCCUUCUGCAUUCCCUGAAAUCAACUCAUUUACCUAUGAUACAGCCACUACCUAUGGCUUGCAAAUGGAUAUUAUCCACACAGAUUUCAAGUCUGGUUUAGAGACCUUGCUAAAGGCUAAACCAAUCAGAGCUAUAUUUCUUGGAGUUCGAAUUGGUGAUCCUACAGCGGUGGGACAAGAGCAAUUCUCACCCAGUUCACCUGGAUGGCCACCUUUCAUGAGGGUGAAUCCAAUCUUGGAUUGGUCAUACAGAGAUGUGUGGGCAUUCUUAUUAACAUGCAAGGUGCAAUACUGCAGUCUUUAUGAUCAAGGCUACACCUCGAUUGGGAGUAUACAUGAUACUGUUCCAAAUGCGUUGCUGUCCAUAAGCAACUCCUCUGGCAGCAAAGAAAAUUUUAAACCUGCAUAUUUGCUUUCUGAUGGAAGAUUAGAGAGAGCAGGAAGAGUGAAAAAGGUUUCUGCUUCAGCUGGCAGGUUUUUUCCUGCUAAUGAAAAUGGCAUGGUUAAUGUAGAUUCAGAUCAAAACAGACUGCUCACUGCCUCUAUCAUUGCUGUGGGGGAUGAGAUUUUGUUUGGUUCCGUUAAGGAUCAGCUGGAACAUUCAUUGUGCAAAAAGCUACAUUCAAUUGGUUGGUCUGUAUCAAAAAUUGCUGUUGUUCCAAAUGAUAUAGAUUCUGUGGCUGAAGAGGUUGAACAGCGCAAGUCCACUAAUGAUAUGGUAUUUUUGUAUGGAGGAUUGGGUCCAUUGCAUUCAGAUGUUACUUUAGCAGGUGUAGCAAAGGCAUUUGGGGUUCGUCUGGCUCCUGAUGAAGAGUUUGAGGAAUAUCUGAGGAAGCUUAUUGGUUAUCAAUGCACAGGCGAUCGAAAUGAGAUGGCUCAAUUACCAGAGGGCAUCACUGAACUAUUGCACCAUGAAAGGCUACCUGUGCCUUUGAUCAAAUGUCAAAAUGUCAUCAUUUUCUCGGCAACGAAUGUUCUUGAGCUGGAAAAGGAAUGGGAAUGUCUGAUCGAAUCAACAGAGUCUGGUGGCUGCCUUGUCCCAUUGAAACCAUACUCAUCCAAGCAUUUAACAGUACAUUUAUCAGAUGUAGAAGCUGCUCAUCCUCUACUGAAGCUUUCUCUUGAAUUCUCAGACCUUUACAUAGGGGGUUACCGCGAAUCGAGACAAGGGCCUCUUGUAAUUUGUAUCGAAGGCAAGGAUCCAGCACGAGUUCAGUCAGCCACAGAAGCCUUGCGCAAGAAGUUUGAUGCUGGGGCAUUUUCUUAGAUCAACUAAAUAAAGUUGUUUCUUUUGUCAAGUGUAAUCUGCCAGGCUUCAAAAACCGAGAAGCCUCUUCAACUAAUGCACUUUUUUACUUCCAACUUUUAACAGAAAUAUAGUUGGAGUCGCAACCGGGAAGAAAAGAAAGAGAAGAUCAACAGAAAAGAGAAAACAUUAGCUAGGCCUUUAAUUAGAUGAAAAAAUUUACACAGUUAUCAUAAUGAGCCAACGGUGCACGCUGGAAAAAUUCAGUACCUGAACGCUUUGUAUUGGCUUUCCACCUGAGUAAUCAAUAUCGGCUAAGUUCUAUCUUUUUAUUACAUAAUUGUAGUAGUCCCCUGUGCUAGGGUCCGAAUUGCAACAGACUUGUCUGGACUGUAAAACAGAUCCCUUAGAUGGUGGAGGGCAGACCCAUCUCCCA